ACGCUACUAAGGGAGACUGACUGAACACAUCUCGGAGAAGGGCGAAUACUGGAUACCGCCGGUAGGAGGAUGGACACCUGACAGAACAAAUAGAAUUUAGAGAAGGGGGCGUGGCGAUUCGUUUUUGUGGGCUGGAUUCCUUCGAGUCGCGUGUCAGUGACGUCACAUGCCGGAAGGCUGUCGUGGAAGAUUCAGAGAAGUGGUUGCGUUGUAUCGAAGCAGGAGUCGGAGGAAGGAUGAAGAUCUGUGCACUUCUCUUGUUUUCCUUCCUGGGAUUAGGACUGACAGUUCCCAUAGAACGAGCGACUCCAAAGAAGGAAGCUGAGCCACCACCUCAGGAACAACAAGACACUGGGCUCUACUAUGACCGUUACCUGCGGGAGGUUAUUGAUGUGCUGGAGACAGACGGACAUUUCCGGGAGAAGCUGCAAGCAGCAAAUGCUGAUGACAUCAAGAGCGGCAAACUCAGUAAGGAGCUCGAUUUCGUCAGUCACAAUGUCAGGACCAAGCUGGACGAGCUAAAGCGGCAGGAGGUUUCCAGGCUACGAAUGCUGAUUAAAGCCAAAAUGGAUGCGACAAUGGAAGAAAAUGUCCAGAUUGACCACAUGUCUUUACUGAAGCAGUUUGAGCACCUGGACCCCCAGAAUCAGCACACCUUUGAAGCCCGUGAUCUAGAACUCCUGAUUCAGGCGGCCACAAAAGAUCUGGAAAACUAUGAUGCUGCUCGCCAUGAGGAAUUCAAACGCUAUGAGAUGAUGAAGGAACACGAGAGGCGAGAAUAUCUCAAGUCACUGGAUGAGGAGAAAAGGAAAAUGGAGGAAGCCCAUUUUGAGGAGAUGAAAAAUAAACACAAGGAGCACCCUAAAGUCAAUGUCCCUGGAAGCAUGGAUCAGUUGAAAGAAGUAUGGGAAGAAACCGAUGGUUUGGAUCCUAAUGAAUUCAACCCCAAGACAUUUUUUAAGUUACAUGAUACAAAUGGAGAUGGUGUCCUGGAUGAACAGGAACUUGAAGCUCUGUUUACUAAGGAGUUGGAGAAAGUGUAUGACCCAAAGAAUGAAGAGGACGACAUGGUGGAGAUGGAAGAGGAAAGGCUGCGUAUGAGAGAGCACGUCAUGAAAAAUGUGGACGCAAAUCAUGAUCGCAUGGUCACUCUCGAUGAGUUCUUAAAAUCUACUGAAAAAAAGGAAUUGAAUGAAGCUGAUGGAUGGGAGACCGUGGAUGAAACCCAGAUUUACACCGACGAGGAGCUACGCAGAUUUGAGCAGGAGCUCGCUGCCCAGGAAUCGGCAUUAAACCAGCGGGCAGAGGAACUUCGCAAAGAGCAUGAACAGUUACAGCAACAGCAGAUAGAGCUGGAUGCUCAGAAGAAGGAAUACAAACAGGCUGUUCUGCAAAUGGAACAGAAAAAAGCCCAACAGAUAGGAGCUGACGCUGCUGCUGGUCCAAAUGGAGAGCUGAAAUUUCAGCCUGAAGCGCCACACUCUGAAUCAGAAAAUGCUAAACCAGUGGAGGAACAAGUCAAACCAGCGGAACAGCAACAGAAUUCUAAUGUUCAGCCUGGAGCCCCAGGUGAGGCAGGACAGAAGGAGCACGAGGCACAUCACAGCCAAGGACAAGAUCAUCCUGGUCAAUCAUAGGGGAAAAACCCCAAAGAGGACAGUGGAUGGAGGCCUGGACCAGGCAAAUCUCUAAACAUAGAUCAGUAAAUGCUUUUUGUUCAGCCUGCUACCCUCCUGAAACUGAAAGCUAAGGGACGUGCAAUCAACCUCUGGGUAAAUACUGUACAUCAGGGCUAAACACUCACAUGUAAAAAAUAAAUAAGUAAAUAAAAGUUAAAGCAAAUGUGGGGCCAGGGGUCAUUUAAGCCCAUGUACAGCACCUUUUGCUUUCAUGGAAUUGUAAUGAUGUUGCUGCUAUUAGCAAUGUACCAUCUCCUCCAGUACAGCGAGACUUAUGUACUAACAUGGUGCAAGUUUAUUCUACUGCAAUAUCUUUAGCAAGCAGAGAGCUGCACUUGACCAGGAAAAGCUGAUUGGUUAGUGCACCUGUGUUACUCCAUAAGCUCUUCAAUAUGUCCUGCAUCACUCUCUUAUGUAAUAUCAUUACACCGUUAGGGUAGGACUACACGGACGUUUUUGACGCAAUGCAACAAAACGCUGGCGUCCAAUCGCAUGCGACGGAAAUAAGGUAAGAAAUAGAAAU